UCAAAGCAAAUCUCCAUAGCAAAAAAAUAAUAACAAUAAGUAAGAAACAAUGGCAAGCAUCAUGAAGUGGUCAUCAUCAUUUGGUGUGGUCAUGAUCUUGCUUAUUGUAGCCCACGUCACGGAAACUGGGGCUCAAAACCUUUGUGGCACGUCACUAGCGGGUCUCAAUGUGUGUGCACCAUUUGUUGUGGGCCCAAACCCCAGCCCGCCAAGCCCGGCCUGCUGUGGGGCCCUUCAAGGAGUUGACCAUGACUGCAUUUGCAACACCAUCAGAAUCGCCUCUCGUAUUCCCGCCCAAUGCAACCUUCCUCCACUUACUUGUGCAAACUUACAAGGUGGGACCGUGCAUCCCUAGUUACCAAUAAUCAUCCGGAGAUUAUAAAAUAAGUCGAAUAAAAUUAGAAUCUUCUCCUGUUUUUUUCUUUUUUCACUGCUUGGAUCAGAUGACUGUUUGUGCUAUUUCUAGCAUUCCAUGUAAUGUUUGGACAAGAGCUAAGUGUAAUAAAACGAUGGAGAAAUUACGUAUCUCAUUUUGUUCAACUUGUGUCGUGAAAUUAAUUGGAGGAUUUUUCAAGUAGUAUUAUUAUGUGUGCCGAUAUAAUUAUGCUAUCUAUUGGAGGUUGGUGUGUUUUGAAUCGCA